AUGGGUCGGGAAGUGCCCGAUGUUACGAGCUCAAGCUCGAAGCCGUCCAUCGCGGUCGCUGCUGGCGCUCGAUCAUUCUCAACUCCCAUUCCGACACCGAUCGCCUCCGCCUCGACCCAGUCCAACUCGACAGCUGGCCCUUCUCAACGACCGUCUUUGAAGGGCCCACCUCGUCGUUCUUUCUCCGACGGUCCUCAUCCGGGAACGGAACGAACCGGUCGACCAACCACAGGAGCUGCAACCGCCAGCGCAUCAGCCAACCCUUCCCAGCCAACGCCGAUCGCUGCCUCACCCUUCCUGCCCGAACAUCUACGCCCUCACGAAUUCAUUCUCCCCGCCCUCAAUUCAACCUCCCUCAACGCACCCAAAGCCGAAGCCACCAAUACGCCGAAUCAAGCUUCUCCCUUUGAAGCCAAACAUGCCGGUCCGGGCUGCUUGAGAAGGGUCUUUAUCGGACCUCAUCGAGCGGAUGCGGUCACGGGUCCUGCAGGGUCAGGUGGGGCCGCCGCGAUCAUUUCUUCCCAAAGCUUGUUUGGCGCAAGAGGGGGCGCACAAGCGAAUGGGAAGGGACGGCUCGAAGAGGAGGAGGAAGAUUCUUCGAGUAGUUCUUCUUCGGAAGAUGGACUUUUUGAUGAUGAGGAUGAGAGGUUGGAAGCGCGAAGAAGGAGGAAGGAGGAGAGGGCGAAGUGGAAGAAGAGGUUCGUAUCAGGGAUCGAAAUGAGGGAUCCGACGAUGAAGGGCAAGGAACGAAGGAAGGGCAAGAGGAUACCGACGGGGGAGACGAUCAAAGGAGGGACGAUGAAACCGAGUGGAUCGAGGAAGAGCUCGAUACAUCAGUGGGUCGGGGGAAGCUUUGAGAUUGGCGGGGAUGUGAGGGCUGCGGCGAAACGGAGGGAGGAGAAUAGGGCUAGGACGUCGAGGUCGGUUACGGCCGCUGUAAGUGGGGAUGGUGCGCCGUCCACAGUACAGCCGGGAGCAUCGAAAACUUUUGUCGCGGCUAGGACGCACCAACCCACGACGACACAGACGACGAAUGCGUUGCAGCCGUCUCUCGCGGUUGAAGAGACUUUGCCCCCGCAAAUCGCCCAUGCUCUACUUCGAAGAACUUCGGACGAAGGACCGACCGAGACAGCGUCUCUUUCGGCCGUUCCCGCACCCGAAUUCGAGCCAAUCGAUCUCGGCACCUCAACGACCACUCGACCCGAUACCAAGAGCAUCCUCAAACGCAGUCAAGCCCAUGCUUCGCUGGGACACGGGCACCCUUCAAUGAGCGGGCAAACAUACAACGACUCUGCCCCACCCGACGAGUUUGGUCGACCGAGAUCGACGAGAUCGAUGCCUGUUCCUCCGCCUGCGAUUCGGAAUGAGUCGAUAACCAAGAUUCGCUUUUCGCAACCUUUGUUGGAUCGGGCGGCGCGUCCGGGGGACGAGCCACCUAGGCCUGUCGAGGAGGUACUUGCUCGACCUGAUGCGGCGGACCAACCCUCCGUUCAAGAGACGAUUGAUGAAUAUCGCGCAAAGCAAACUCCCAAGAAACCUGGUAAAAACGACGUCCUUCGCCAAGAACGGAUGUUGGUCCGAGUUGAGUGGACUGCAAGGGAGGAUCUACCGAACGACUUUGAUGAGAAUGCCGCGCGCAAGUUCCCGACGAGUGGGGAGACGUGGGAGGAGUAUGGGGUCGUGUGGAGACCGGGGAGGAUCGAGUUGUGGAAUGAAUAUGUACGUAUGUAUGAAGAGGGUGCUAGAAGAUUCUCUAAUAUGUACUGAUCAUUCCAUCGUGAUUACACAGACGCUUAGUGCGACUUCGCUCUUUCUCGGACACAAGAAGCUGGCGCACGUCAUCCCACUCGCGCCGGCACGGACAAAGCUUUCGCUAUACUCGUCCGCAGACGUGAUCUUCUGUCUGACACAUCAACCAGACGGAUCGGGUCUCUUCGGCGGUGCGACCUCCCACAUCAUCGGCAAGAACCAAGACGAAGCCGCUCCUUCAGCUUCGAAAGCGACGCGCAAUCGUUACAUCCAUCGUCGACACGGGACCUACGUCUUCAUUUUCCGAACGCGAGCGAUGAGCGUCGCCAAGGAAUGGAUGUGGUUGCUCUACCGAGGGCUGGGGAAGACGUUACCUGAUCAUCUCGAGAUCACCGUCCCCGGGAUAGGAGCCAAGAUCCGUAUACCCAUUCCUGGCGUCUUGCAAGACUCUGCCGAAGGCUCAGGCAAAGGCGCUCAUGCUCGUCAAGCAGGUCUAUACCUCAUCGACGACGAGACCAAAUUGUCGAUGCGGCAAUUCCAACCCCAUCUCAUCGUCGAGGCGUGUUUGGAACAGUUGAAGCGGGUUAACGAAUGGCAGUCCGUUUUGGCGGAUCGGGAUCCGAAGGACGUGAAGUUGUGUUGGAGACGAGGAAAUGUGCUGGAUUGGGUGAAUGUAUUCGGGAAAGGGGAUGUCGAUUGGUCGCUGUUGUGUGGGUUCAGUCUUCGGCAGGUGAGUCCGCAGAGGAGGAUUUGCUUCCUCAAGUCUAGGAGCUCACCUUGAGGCUCUCUCGGAUCCCCGUUCCGACAGCCCCACUUCGAGCCGACACUCGAACUCCGAGCCGCUCUUCACUACCCAACGACGGUCCGAGUUCCGGCGACGCCCGAAACCCCCUCUCAUCGGCUUGCCGAACCCCCCGCAAUCGAAGGCUACGUCGCUCGUCUGCGCAAGAAUUCGUCGGCCUCUGAACGCAUCUACCUCUCUUCGCACGACGGCCACCUCUUCGUCUGUUCCCCCUCUACUUGCCAUCCCCCCGAUCCACCCGCCCCACCCGCAGCAAUCACCCUCAAUCCAGCCGUCAUGGUGCUCGCUCCCUUCGCCCUAGGUUGGAGUUCCGUCGGCGUCGGAUCGGACAAGAAGCGCGAAAAGAUCCUCGAUCGGGUCUACCGUUCGGUCAGUGGUGUAAGUGGUGCCAGUUUAGCCCACGAACGACGUAAGAAAGAACGAGCCUUACAAACGAUCUUCGCGGAGAACGCGGACGAAGAUCCGGAUGUUCUGGAAGGGGAUUGGGUCGCCAAGAUGGAACUUUCCGAACGACGACGAGCGGUGCAACAGAUUUUGGACGCUAAGGGGUAUGUUGAUCUGAGGGAUGUGGAGAGGGUGGGAGGCGUCGAGGAUGCGGAUGAGUACAAGGGGGAUGAGUACGGAACGGCUGCGGAUGAUAUAGGUGGGGAAGAGGGGAUGGCUCUGGCGAAAGAUCGAAUCGUACUGGCCAAGAGAAGGACUUUCGUGAUCGAGACCAAAAAGGGCGUCAAGGUUGCGUUCGAAUGUUAUUCGAUCGCCGUCAGGGACGAAUGGAUAGGCCGCCUCAACGCUUUGGUGACGUAUUGGACACGAAGGGAACGCGUUGACGCAAUCGACCAAAUGGAACUCCAUCCAUCCUCCCCUUCCCGAAGACAAGAAGUCAUCGCUCGUCUAAGGAGCAAGAUCAAAAACCAAAACGAAGGCGCUGGGCUAGUCAGCAAGGCGUCUUUCCUCAACCCUUCCGGAAGUAGAACUCUGGGAUCGACGACGGCCGAUGGGGAUGCGACGUUGUUGAACAAGGCGUUCAAUUGGUGCAUCCUCGAAGGGUGUAGGUCGAUCAUCUUUUGUGGCAAGUUUUACGUCAAGAAAGGGUUGCGGGGUUUGUUCAAGGAACGGUAUUUGGUUCUGUUGCCGGGGACGUUGAUCGAGUGAGUCCGCACAAGAGGUGGGAGUAGGCGGUCACCAAAACAACUGAAAUCGUCUCUUUGUCGGCUCAGAUACCAAGCCCACGACCGUGACUUCCACGGCCAAAUCACGGCUUCAAGUUACCACUAUCGCAAGAACGUCCUCUCCCUGCGCGACUGCUACGUCUACUCGGGCCGUCUAACCUACCCUCUCAUGGCGAUCUCCGUGGGUAAUCCCACGGGUUCCUGGGAUCCUGGAGAUAUCCAACAUCGUUUCCCCCGCGUCUACACGAGUACGGACGGUCUUCGCGUCAAUGACGAAGAAGAGGAUUGUACGUUGGUCAUCUUCAAACGCUCGACAUCGGGGAAGAAGACCUCGUUCGGAAAAAAGGGGACGAGUUAUUUGCUGAGGGCUAGGAGUCGGAUCGAGAGGGAUGAGUGUGUGUUUGCGUUGAAUUCGGCGAUUGAGAAGUUGAGGUAUGCUGAAAGGGGGAGGGAGGAGAGGAUGAAGAGUUUCCCUUGGUUGGAUACGAUGAAGAAGGGCAAGUAG